CAAAUGUUUAAGAUUUUUAGAUGUUGUGGGCUGAAGAUGAUAAGUACUAGAUGUAAUUGAGCCUCUGUGACGAAUUUUUACUUUCCAAAUGUUCGACCACUGCCCUUAGACAUGCUGGUUCUGUUCAUGGAAGUUCGGCUAAGUUUUACAUACUGCAAUAUUGUAUAUUAAAGUUUUAAAUGAAGUAUGAAAUGUGAGCUAGUUCCAGUAUAUUGCUGACCAUUACCUUGUACAAUAGAGUGAAAAUGAUUAUGUGAUGACCAGAAUUGUGUAAGUUAUGCAGUCACUUCUUGUCAUGUUAUUGAGUUGAUAGACUCGGUAUCAAAACACUAACUACAUAUUUGUGUGAAUAGUUUACGUUAUAGAGGAUAGGUUCGAUUCCCUCACUGAACUGUUCUAUGAUGGGAUAUCUAUCAGAGAGUGACCUCAUUUGAUGCUAGCCGUUUCACUUCUGUUAUCAAAAUAUCUGUGAGAUGGAGGAUUAAUUGACAAGCUCAUCUGUUAUAUUUCCGCGUAGUUUUCGUAAUAGUUAGUUCAAUUAAGUGUUGUUAAGUUUUAUUUUUGUUUUGGCUACUGCACAAUAUGCAUCAAUGUAUCUGUUGAUUUCUACUUUGGUAUCUAGUGAUUCUAGUGUCGAUAAUGAUCAUCGGUUGCUCCAAACUUUGUAAUCUACUGAAAUCAUCGCUUUAUCAUAGUAGAAUUCAACCGAUCACUGCUUGUAGCCUUUUGUUGUGGAGACGUUCCCAAUCACACUACAAGGUCAAUUUAUCUACUCGUGAUCUUGUGGAAGUGGUUAACCAAAAAGCCAAAAUUCACAAAUAUAUAAAGCCACAAGAGCCUGAAAAAUCUUUGUACGUGAAUAGUCUGGAAAGAUGUGAUUCAGAAGAGGAUUUGAACGUCAUAUCGGAAAAUGAUCAGUUGGAUUUUGGUGCUCUUAGUGCGGAUAAUGUUUGUCAACAACCAUAUAAUGAGUCAGUUAUUUCUGGAGAAAGGGAAGCAAUAGAAUCUGUUAUCGAUGAACUGUUGAGUACUGAUGAAGUUGAAGAAGAUCCUGUUGACUGUUUAAGAUUAAGUAAUGUUUAUCGUCGUCAUCCUCAUGAACAUUAUUGUGAAUUAAUAAAACGUUAUUGUAAAGCAGGUGAUACAAAUUCAGCAUUAUCCGUAUUUUUCUCUGAAAUGUUGGAAAAGGAUCGUGUUCUCCCAUCAAGAUUUCAUGCUCAUAUGGUUCUGGAUGGUUUGGCCAGAGUUGGAGACAGUGAGAAUGCAUUUCGCGUCUAUAAAAAGAUGACUGAAUUGGGUAUCGAUGCAACCCAGGCAACUUACUCACGUCUGUUUCGCGCUUGCGCUGAGGAUAUUGCAACAUGGUUUCGAAAGAAUAGAACUUUUAUGCCACCUGUUGUAAAUCGUACUGAGAACCAUUCAUCGUUAUUACAGCGUAAAAUGCUGGCUCUUCAGAAAGCGUUGGCUCCAGACAUGUCGCCAGAUAACUUUGGUGGACCUGCACUUCAUAAAGUGUAUCUUUUUUGGCGUCGUUUAAUGGAAAGAAAUAUCCCAAUGAAUCAAUUUACAUACAAUACACUUAUUUUGGCUCUUGCCAAAGCUGGUGAUAUUCAUGGUUGUCUGCGUGCCUUGGAUAUGAUGUUGGCAACUGAAGAUAUUGAUCGAUUUUCUCGAAAAUCAAUUGGAUGUAAAAAUAAAUUGUUGUUUGCCGAUUCUUUCACUAUAUCAUCUGUUCUCUCGGCUAUUGAAAUAGCGACUUCGAAAAGCAAUAUCGAAUCGUGUCAUCGACGUAUGGGCUUAUCGAAACAAUCAGCGAACUCAAACGAUGUUUUCAAUCGUGUUAGCCCAUUCCAACUAGCUUUAUCUUUAUGGCAUGAUUUAGUCCCAUUGUCAAAUAAUGAUGUUUCUCAGCAUCAUUUCACUCUACUAGCCAGAAUAAUGGGAUUGCAAAAUGACUGUUUGGAUGCAAAUAAUAAUUGUGAAGUUGUUUUUGUGAAUAACACUCGUUAUAAGUCAUUUCAAGAUAUAUUUAAAUCUUCUUCUGGCGACUCAUCCAGUUCUGUAAAUCUAAUACAUCCUUCCUGUACAUCACGUGAAUUGGCGUCAAUGAUGAUUGCACAAGCUACACAAUCUUCAUUAAUAAGCAGCACGUCUGCCAUUGAAUUAAAGUCGACCAGUAAUGAAUCAACGAUUGAUGAAACACCGGAAUCGCUUCAGUUUGAUUGGAAUGAUACAAUGUUAGCACUUCGUAGCCCAAUAAAUCUUCUUUUGCCUACUGAUAAACCAAUAGUAAUUUGUGGACCAAAAAACCAAUGUAUGUAUCCUUGGCAACGUCUUGCUCUCGUUGGUGGAUUGUAUGGUCUCCUGGAUACUAUUGUAAAUCAUUUCAAAUUGAAACCGAAUAACAAUUUUUUUGCACACACCGUUCGUUUGCUGCCACCACCAGUGAAAUCUGAUCAGUGUUACACAAAAGAUACUUUUGAUACUUGGGAAACAGAAGUUUUAAAUUUACUUUCAAAGUUUAAACUAAGUGCUGAUACUGCACUAUACAAUUCUUUUAUUCAUCGUAGAACGUCAUCUGGUUUGAAUGCUAAUCAUUUAUUAGCAGAUAUGACUCGUAAAGGGUUAAUUCCUGACCAAAUUACUUGGGGUUGCAUAGCUCGAGGUUGUCAAACAAAAGAGUCAGUUAAACAACUUCUACGUGGAUUUGAGAUUGCUGCUACAACACCACUAUCUUCCACUGAUUUGGCGACUAACAGUAUAUCUCGUGAACAAAAUGUCCACUCACAAAUCGUUAGACCAAGUUUCACAUUCUUCAGUAAUUUACUAUCAACACAUGGAUUUGAUUGGGAGUUGAAGGCAUUUGUUCUUGAAUAUAUGAGGUGUCCAAUUCAUAUAGAUGAUUUGUCUGAUAAAAAAUCUGCCAUACCGAAACGCGAUGUAUAUGGAAACCAAGUAUCCAAUCAUUUCGAUGGAUUUAUGUUAGAUCGCCGAGUAAUCGCAUCUAUUGAUAUAGAUAUUGGUUUGUUUCGAGAGCUUUUGGCGAAUGGUGUAAUUCCGAAAGAUGGUUCACCUGUUCAAGAAUCAAAAACUGGUGGAUUUCAUGUCUAUCCAAAUGCUGUUCGUUCAUUUUAUAGAUUUUAUAAGAUCUAUAAAUCUUGGCUGCGUGAAAGUCCUGUGGCGAAACCUUGUUAA